GAAAAAGCGAUUCCAAAGAAAGGAGGAGAAGAAAAGAAACAAUGGCGCCCGUAGGAUUGCCUCCAGGAUUUCGGUUCCAUCCAACCGAUGAAGAGCUUGUCAAUUAUUAUCUGAAACGAAAAAUUAAUGGCCAAGAAAUUGAACUUGAUAUCAUUCCUGAGGUUGAUCUUUACAAAUGCGAACCUUGGGAGUUAGCAGAAAAAUCAUUUCUUCCAAGUAGAGACCCAGAAUGGUACUUCUUUGGGCCAAGGGAUAGAAAAUAUCCGAACGGAUUCAGAACAAAUAGAGCAACUAGAGGAGGAUACUGGAAAUCAACUGGGAAAGACAGAAGGGUUAACUCUCAGAACAGAGCUAUUGGAAUGAAGAAGACAUUAGUCUACUACAGAGGUCGAGCUCCUCAGGGAAUUCGGACUGAUUGGGUAAUGCAUGAGUAUCGCCUGGACGACAAGGAGUGUGAGGAGACCACAGGAAUUCAGGUAGACUCUUAUGCAUUAUGUCGUGUGUUCAAGAAGAAUGGAAUAUGCUCUGAAAUCGAAGAGCAAGCACAAUGUAGUAUAUCAUUAAUGGAGAGCUCACAAGGUGUAAUAAAUGAUUAUGAAACCAUGUCGCCGGAUAUUCCGAUUGCAUCAUCUUGCUGCGCGGACGAUGAAGACAAAGAUGAUUCAUGGAUGCAGUUCAUCACAGAUGAUCCAUGGUGUUCAUCUAGUACUGCCAAUUUGGCUGGUGAAGAGGUUUCUCACCUGACUUUCGCAGACUAAUAAGCACAUUCAGCAAGUUUUUCAUCAAAAUGGUAUUGGUGGUGGCGAAUAACAUAAGUUGGAAGCAAUAUCUUUCUCACAAUAAAGCAAGAUCCACACAAUGUUAAUUAGUAAAUUCUGUCAACUAUCACUAUUAGAAUAUCUGUUACUUAUAAUACAUAUAUAUAAAUGGGUUUAGUUAUUUUGCUAUGUAUAAAUUGGUUGGUGGACUCCCUUGAGACAAUUUAUUGAAAUGGCUUUUUGGAUUCU